UCCUUGCCUAAGGCAAGCAUCGGCAGAGGGCGGGGAGGCCAGCUGUCAGGCUCUCUCGCCAGGUGUUCUGUGGACAGGUGCGCCUCCUCGCAUUCUCGCAUAGAUUGAGACGGUGCCCGGCUAUUUAAUGGAGAUGAAGGCAUAAAAGAGACGCGGGAGUUCUCCAUAGGUGGAAAAAUCCCAACCGAAGACGCUUCGGGAUCUGAGCUCAGAAGGAAAAUGGAUCGGCUGAAGGUUCCCCGGACAAAAGAACUGGAAUUUGGGGGUGUAUUUGGGGUAGCCCUCCUAAUGGUUGUGAUGCCCAGCACCGUCUUCUACCUACUCCUGGUCUGCAGGACAGAGCAGGCCAGCGCACUGAGCCCCCCCUGGGCGCUGCCCUCCCUCCGCUCCCUCUGGAGUCCCCAAGACUUCGCUCUGGUCCUGGCCUGGCUGGCAUUUCAAGCCCUGCUCUACCGGCUGCCCAUGGGGAAGAUCACGGAAGGAAGCCUUCUUCGGGACAAGAGCCGGCUGCAAUAUCGCAUUAAUGGUUUCUACGCCAUGUUGGUUACAGCGCUGAUGUUGGCUGCCGGACUGGCUGGCGGGUUGCGCCUGAGCUACAUCUACGAUCACAUCCUGCAGCUGGCCUUUGCAGCAACGGUCCUGGCUUUUGGUCUCAGCCUCCUUCUCUAUUUCAAGGCUCUGCUGGCCCCAGAAACAGCCUUGGCUCCUAGUGGGAAUUCAGGUAAGGGCCCCCCAAAUCUGGAAAACUCAGUGGGCUGUGGAAUGAGGAAAAGCCCAGAGGAGGGAAUGUCAAUUCCCAUUGCAGUCUUCAAAGAGAUUAGCCCAGGAUUAAUGCGUUGGGCCCUGAUCAACAUGGCAAUGUUGGUUAAAGAGACAGAGCUGAGAGGCAGCCCCUCUCUGGCCAUGAUCCUGGUUAAUGCCUUCCAAUUUCUCUACGUGGUAGACGCCCUCUGGCAUGAGGAGGCCGUUCUCACCACAAUGGAUAUCGUCCAGGAUGGCUUCGGGUUCAUGCUCGCUUACGGGGACCUGGCUUGGGUGCCGUUCCUGUACAGCCUCCAGUCCUGCUUCCUCGUAACUCACCCCCAGAAGCUUAGCCUGCCUCUGGCGGGGGGCAUUGUCCUGCUAAAUGCCCUGGGGUAUUCCAUAUUCCGUGGUGCCAAUUCCCAGAAAAACACCUUCCGACGGAAUCCUGCUGAUCCCAGAGUGGCUGGGCUCCGGACAAUCCCUACGGCAACCGGUCGGCGACUCCUGGUCUCUGGCUGGUGGGGUUUUGUGCGACACCCCAACUAUUUAGGGGACCUGAUCAUGGCUUUUGCAUGGUCCUUGCCCUGCGGCUUCACUCACAUCUUGCCUUAUUUUUAUAUCAUCUAUUUCACUCUGCUGCUCGCUCAUCGGGAUGCCCGGGACGAGCACCAAUGCCUGAGGAAGUAUGGGCUGGCGUGGCAUGAAUAUUGCCGGCGUGUCCCCUACCGGAUUGUCCCAUAUCUCUACUGAAUUCCUAAACCCCCGUUUUCCACGUGGUCUCUGGACUCACCUCAGAGCAGGAUGGUCUCCUGGCUUCAGGGCAGCAUGAGAGAAAAGACACCGGCAGGGCCUGGCAAAUGGGGGGAAAGCGUCAGCAGUUCAUCGCUGUUUCUCCAAACUUUGCCCCAUCAAGACGGCUGGAUUUUUCUUCCAUAGACAUUCUCCCUGUUUCACAUUCGUCGCCUGGGGAAAUCUUCCUUUGACCUCCUUCCCUGCCUUCCAAUUGUCUAGAUUUCUGCUCCUGAUUAGGAAAAGAGACUGGAAAAAUAAGACUUUGGAGCUGGAAUCAUUUUUAUCGAAAUAGAUUGAUUUUUUUUUAGGACCCAGAAUAACAGAGUCACAGAAUAACAGAAGAGACCUCAGAGGUCCUCUAGUCCCAUCUCCCUGACUCGGCCUAUACUUAAUUUUGGACAAAUGGUUGUCCAGUCUUUCCUUAAAACUAUCCGUGAUGGAGCAGCCACAACUUCCCAGAAACAAGGGCUCCUAUCAUACCCGUCUCAGCUGGAGCUUCUAAGUAAGAACAUUAAGGACAUUUGUAUAAAAAAGGGAAUACUUUCAUAAAGGUCAAGUGAAUUACAGUAAAGCAAAGCCAGAACUGAGAUUCACACGCCACAAAAUCACUAAGUUCCAGUUUCCCCCCCACCCCCGCUUGUCUGCCUCCCGCUGCCCACCAAUCAAUCAAGCUCUUGCAAGAUGUUUCUAUCAGGGCCAAUCUGAGUCCAGGUUGGUCUGUGACCUCCUCUUUCUGUGUGACUUUGGAGCACUUUCUGUUCCUUCCGCCUCCUUCC